UCCUGGCAGGGCGGCCGGGGGGGGGGGGUGUUCAUUGGAGAGAGACGUUUUAAAGGGACAGUGGUCUCUUGCGUGCAAUCAAGCCAGGCUGAAAGGCAAGGGCUAUGGCAGAGGUGGAACCCCAAGAAAGCCAACUCUUUGGGGGUGCCUUUUCGGCUCGCCUCCCUCCUGGAAGUCUGGAUAUCAGCGAACUGCGUCAGGUUCCUGACAACCAGGAAGUCUUUGUUCACCCCAGCACCGACCAGAGCGUCAUUGUGGAACUGCUGGAAUACCAAGCAGGGGUGCCAGAUGAAAACGCUGCCAGGUACCACUUUGAAGACAUUGCGGGCAGCUCGGCCCAUUCGGAGAUUUUGAGCCAAGACCAGUUUGCGCCCGCUCUCCUGGCAUUCGAAGGCUGCAACAGCGCCUGGCAACUCACGGGCCGCCAGGAGGUUGCUAAAUUCAACGAGGAGGCCAAAAAUGACGUCUCUGUGCAUUUGGUGCUUCUCCGCCUGCCCCAGUACGGAACAGAUCUGCUUGUCACCUUCAACGACCCCACCUGGAUUAACCCUCUAAGUACCAGCGCUAUGCCAAACACAGAGGUCCCCUUGGCACUCUCUCAACCGCCCUGGACAGUGGAACAUUUCCACGCUUUUGUGUGUAGCCUGCGGCUGCUGAAUCCUGGUCUGUUCGGUUAAAACAGUUCUCCGUCUACAUUUGCCAGAAAUCCAGCUUCGUUCUAGUGCGGCUUCAGUUUGGAGACCUUCAAAUGAGCACUCCGGAUCUGGAUCUUCUUCCUUCAUCCCCCGAAAGGAAAAGAGGAGAUGGACACGGAAUGCCAAAGGACCUUCUUCCUGGCAACCUUGGCAAAAUGCUUUGCUUCAGGAUUGCAUUACACCAGCGGUUUUCAAACUUGGUGACUUUUUAAGAUGGGUGGAGCGGUGUUUUUCAAAGUUGGCGACUUUUAAGACGGGUGGACUUCAACUCCCAGAAUUCCCCAGCCAGAUUGGCUGGGGAAUUCUGGGAGUUGAAGUCCACCCGUCUUAAAAGUCGCUCACUUUAAAAAAGACCGCAUUAGACUGUAGGAUUGUGAUGGUGAACCGAUGGCAUUUGUGCCGGAGGUGCCAUGCAGAGUCCUCUCUGCGGACACGCCAGUCGUUGCCCCAGCCCAGCUCCAACACCUGUGCCUCCCGCUGGCCAGCUGGUUUUCGGGUCUCUGCAUGUGAACCCCAAAAAUGCAAUGCAAGCACCCCCCCAAACAUGCAUCGCCCCCACCUGUGCCCCAUUUUUUUGCCUGGAAGGCUGCCUGCACCAACCUGUGAAGCCAAAAUGGCAUGAAGGGGUGCUGCGUGAGCCCCCCAUGCCUUUUUUUCCUGGAAAGCUUGCACCAACCUAGAAGGGCAAAAAUGGGGGGGGGGGGAGACGCAUGCGCUGGGGUCUUCACAUUGCAUCUUGGGAUUGCGUGUACGGGCUCGCUUUGGGCACUUGGCACCAAAAAGGUUAGCCAUCACUGCUAUAGAAAGUCUAGUUAUACUCAUCUCUCCAGCUGUUUCCUGAUGUCCUCCUAUGUGGGAUUAUCUACCACCUGGAUCUAGUUUGCGGUUUACCACUCACAAAUUAUUUUUAUUUUUUACACCUCUUCAGUAAUUGGAAGGAGUACGAACUCGGGAAAGAAUUGCACAUCCAAACCAACCGCCAAAGAGAUACUUUUUUAUUUGGGGUAGCCGCGUUAAGUUCUAGAGACGUGCCGGUGGCUUCCUCGCCCUCAAACAAUGAAGAAAAGAAACGUUAAAAAAUGAAGGAAAUUUGCUGUGAGCAGAACUGCUGCUCCUCCCUCAUUUUUCCCUUCAAAUUCCUCAUUUCCCUUCAAAUUCCUCAUUUCCCUUCAAAUUCCUCAUUUCCCUUCAAAUUCCUCAUUUCCCUUCAAAUUCCAUCUCAUCCAAAAAGCUUCACGCGUUUGGUCAUAAAAGUUGAGGUUGCUUCCAAGUUGAGUUUCCUCAACUGUGUUCUUGUGGGUCAAGUGUCACGGAGGCCAACUGGAGCUAGUUUUUUAAUAAAUAAAUCAAGCUUUGAAAAUAUA